AUGCGCAGCUGCUGCUCCAGUUGCCGUCAGCCCCUUAGCAGCAAACACCUUCCGAGUGACGCUGCUGCUGCAGCAGCAGCAGCAGCAGCAGCGUCCGCCCUCACCAGCCUCUCCACGAACGGGCAGCAACAAGAGCAGCAGCAGCAACAAGAGCAGCAGCAGCAACAAGAGGACGGCGCUUUGUGGGAGAGCAGAAGCAGAAGCACAAGCCUCGAGAACGAGGCCUUAGCGGCUGCUGCAGGGGAGAUGCUGGUGCGUGCUGUUGUGGCAUCGAGCUACAGAUCUCGCGAGCAGGAUUCUAGCGAAGGGCGCAGCGGAGGAGGCGGCAGCAGCAGUAAGCUGGGUACAGACAGCCUGCCUGCACAGCAGCAGCAGCAGCAAGAAGAAGAAGAGCAGCAGCAGCAGGAGCAGCAGCAGCAGGAGGGCAGCAGGCUGCUCAGCAGUGGCAGUACCUUGGCGAGUCUGGCGAAGCGUCUCUUGGACUGCACGCUGCAGUGCAGUGCGCGGGUGUUGCUGGAGUCUGCUGCCGCAGCAGCUGCUGCUGUUUCCGAGGAUCUGUUGCGGCAGAGGCAGCAGCAAGCGCUUGAGCGUCGGCUGUCCCUUCCUCUGGGGUGGGGUGCCCUCAGACUGGGAUCGGCGGAUCCCGAGGUUUUUCUUCAUUCUCGUUUAGCAGUGCCUCCCAUGGAUCUGCGCUGCCAGCUCGUGGCCGUUGCUCCCCUGCAGCAGCAGCAGCAGCAGCUGCAGCAGCCGAGACAGCAGCAGCAGCACCUGCUGCAGCAGCCUACGACUGACUUUUCGUGGGACGUUGUAGACGAAGAGACCUUGCCACUGCAGUUCUCUCCGGAAGCCUUUUGCGCUGCGGGAGCUGCCGGCGUUGGGGAGACAGGGGCCCCCUCUGCCCCUCUGGGGGGGGCCCCCGCAGGGGCCCCCCCCGCUGUGAGAGGCACAGGUCGCCGAGCCUGUGAGCGACGACGUGUUCUGCACAUGCAGCUUCCGUUAGGAUAUCAGCGUGCCAAAGUGCGAGUGUCUGCGGAAGCACUCACGUGGCCGGCUUUUAGCAACGCAUGUGCUGCUGCUUUGGCUGUUGUCAGCCUGCAGCGUCGGCGACGGGUUGAAGCGGCGGCAGCCGCUGCGGGAAGGAUGCACGGUGAGGAGAAGCCUCUCUGCUGCAGUGUCUGUGCAUGCUGCGCCGCGACGAGAGGCAAGGCGCCGCAACCCCCUUCGGGAGGAGACAUCCCGCGUGCGAGGAGUCUGCUUCGGACUGUCUCUACAGGGGCACCUGCAGCAGCUGCGGAGUGCGGAUUGGGUGCGGUUGCUGCAGACAGCGUCUGCGGAUAA